AUGGAAGAUUUAAACAUGAACAACCCUUCACAGGACAACAGCAACAUCACCACCGCCUACGGUUAUAAUGGAGAACCUGGAUUAAGCAUUAAAGUGGUGACAUACAUAAUCAUUGGUAUCGGCCUUCCUUUGACCCUGGUGGCCAUCUGUGCUCUUUAUUCUCUGGUGCGAAAGGAUCACGUUGCUCCGAUCUACAUCAUCAACCUUCUCUUUUCUGACCUCGUUCAGCUCUGCUGCAUAAUCGUUGAGGUUGAACGACCCAAGAACUUUACGAUAUACAUUGUCUUCUUUCACACAUACAUCUAUUGUCUGUUUGCCAGCAUUGGCUUCAUGGUGUGCAUCGCCCUGGAAAGGUAUUUGGUCGUCGCCUGCCCACUGUGGUACCACUUCAAACGAACCAUCAAGAUCUCUGUGCUGGUCUGUGUCGUGGUCUGGGUCUACCCUGUUAUUUGUCUCCUCAUUCUCUUGUUCUGGCAUUAUAAGACUGCAGAAAUCGUCUCCAUCUUCUUUUUACUCCUUCCCCUCCCGCUGCUCAUAUUCUUCCUGGGUGGGACCCUCAGAGCUCUGUCUGCCUCCAUCUCGGUCCCAUCUGAUGAAAAACGACGAAUAGUAGGAAUGUUGGUCCUGGUGCUGCUGAUUUACAUGCUGCUGUUCCUGCCCACUGUCAUUUUGUAUUUGGCAAAGGGACUCUCAAUUUACGAUACUCUCAACAGCCUGUUUCCUGUCUUUCUUAGGUUGAGCCCUCUUGCAGACUUGGUUCUGUAUAUUUUCAUGAAGAAAGGAACCAUAGACAAGCUCUUGGCCUCUGUGUGUUGUUGCCGAAUGGACAGCAAUGAAACCAGCAGUUCAGCAGUAUAA